AUGUCUCUUAACAAGCUCUCAGAAGUGGAAGCAUUUCGAGCGCAGGUCCUUCUGGAGGAAGCAUUGAGAAAGCUGAGCUUCCUCACCAGCAUCUCGUCGAGCGCGUCGGUACACGGCGACGAGCUGACACAGUUCAUGGGCGACGAAAUCUCGCGCAUCAUUCAGGAGCAGAGAGACUUGGAGCGAAAGUACGAGGAGAGAAUUGCAGCACGUGGCCAACUCAAGGGCCUUUGCAACAAGGCGAAGUUCAUGGAGACGCAGAGAGAAAUCCAAGAAGUCGCCCACAAGCUCAAGGAAAGCAACAAGAGUCUCUGCAGAAAUCUCAAAGAGAAUCCAAACGUGCAGGGCAAUCUCAUCAAGAUGCAGCAGGAGAGGUGGCAGGUGACUGAGUGGCUCGAGGAGACGAAGAAGGAACUUGGGGAGAUGUCUUUCGCCAUCCUUGUCUCCAAGGUCGAGCAAGAGCGAAGGGAGCAAGAGCGGCUCAGCGAGGUCAAGCGGAAGGAGCAGAAGAACUCGCAGGCCGUGAAGGAUUUGGAGGAUGACCUUCAGCGAGAAAGGUCCGACCAUGAGAAGGAGACAAAGAUUGCAAACCAGGAAAUCAAAGAGCUGAAGGAAGAGCUGCAGAAGAACAAGACUAUCAGCGACAUCGAGUACAAGUUCGAGGAAAAGAAGCUAAGCGCUCGCGAGAAGGCACUACUGCGGAUACACGAUCAAAUGUUGCAAAAGCUUGAGAAGGAAGAAGAGAGGCUGAAACAAGCACAAGAUAUGGAGACGCAAGUGCACGAGCGCGCUCAUGCCUUCUUGGACCAGCGGAUCAAGCACCUCUAUGACGAAAACAUCGCCUGGACCAAGGACCACGAGAAGGAGGUGGACAACCGCACCGUGGAGCUGGACAUGCUCAAGGAGCGCCGCGCGGCCGCCCACCAGGAGCUGGCCGAGCUUGAGGAACGUCGUGGACUGGAGGCGGACAGCUACAAGGAGAAGGAGAACGAGAUGCGCAAUGCCGUUCUCGUCGAGAAGCAGCGUCGUGAACAGUAUCAGCGAAUGGCAGAGGCCGUGCUCUUCCUGCAAGAGGAGGGCCGCAACUACAUGGCUCGGCUGGAUGCCCGCAGAGCGGCCAUGAAGGGCAAGCAAGAAGAAGUGAGAGUUGAAGUUCGCCUGAGCCGGGUCCGGGUCUUCUGCCAUGACAGCCAGUACUGGAGGUGGAGCCCGUCUUUCACUACCGCCGCCAUCUCGCGGCAACAGGGUGCGGACUUAGCAGAGGCCGCAAUCAUCGCUGCGAUUAACUCACCGAGCAUCGAGCAGCUGGAGCAGGUCCUGCGGGCCAGCAAGGGAAUUGAGUUCCAGGACUACAAGUACGUUCACGAAGCGCGAGCAUUGCUGCUGCGCUUGCGGGAAGUCAAGAACGACCUGGCGGAUGCAAUGAAAGCUCGAUUUCCGGAGCAGCUCAGAGAGGCUCUGCAAGCUGCGAUUGAUGCAAAGCUUCAAGGCAUUGAUAAAGCUCGAAGCCUCCUCGACAAGCUGGACCUCGUCGUGGAACGCCUGGACACGGCAAAGGGCCUCACCCCUCUGAAAGCUGCAAUCGAGGCAGCUGAGACGGCAAGGUUACCGGAGGAGAUCAUCGUCGUGGGCAGGGAGCGCCUCAUCCGCCGAGAGGCAGCCCAGCAAGGGCUCGAGGAGGCCAUCGAAGCUGCACGCGUCCCGGAUCUCUUGGAGGCUCUCAAAGCCGCGGAAGGCAUGGAUCUCCCAGCAGAGCCCGAAGCACGGGAAAGAGUCGAGCUGCUGGGGCAGACGCAGGGGGCGCUUCAGAAAGCCAUGAGCACGAAGGUCAUUCCCGACCUGUCUGCGGCUCUCACACUAGCUAGCAAAGCCGGUUUGAAGGAGCAUCAGAUGAUCCACGAGGCUCGCUCCUUGCUCUCCAAGUUGAUGAAUCGACGAGAGAAUGUGAAGAAGGAGCUCGAGAAAGCUGUCAAAUUUCGACAUCCUGUGAAGUUGAAGAUGACCAUCAUGUCCGCCCGCCUGGCGCAAGUCAGCCUGAAGCGGAUCCUUGAUGCCGAGCUUCUGGAAGCGAUGGCGGACGCUGCUGGCAUCGAGGAACGCGAGAAGACCCUUGCAGAUGCAGUCGCCUACAGCAUCCCAGCAGAGUUGCUGAAAAGAUUUGAAAUUGAACUGGAAGAGCUGAAGGCCCUGCACGACGCCAUCCGUCACGGAGACCCCGAGGUCUUGCGGGAGUGUAUCGAGAAGUGCGAAGACCUCGGCAUCAAAGUCGUGGAGCUUCUCGAGGCCAGAGUCCUUUAUCGGGAUUGGGAGGCGGCCUGCCGGAAGAUUGAUGUAGAGGCAUCUGUGCAGCGUGUGGAGCCGCUUCGAGCGGCAAUAAAGGCGGCCAAGGAUCUUGGUGUGAACGCGCUGGUGCUGGCUCGUGGGAACGAGCUGCUCAGACAUCUCGAGAAGCGCAUCCGAAUGGAACAGGAGCUUGGUGAAGCCUUGAAGGUCCGCAAGCUUGAAAUCAUUGCUUCGGCCGUGAGAGCUGCUGGCGAUGCCGGUGCUCACGACCAUUCGCUCGUGACCAGAUCCCAUGACAUGCUGGAGGUACUGCAGACAAAGCGAGACAAGCUGCAAGCUGCUUCAGAGCGCGCGGAAUUGCACCUCAUGCAUGAGACGCUGAACACGGUGGUCCAGUCACCUGCACUCCCCGACAGCGAGACAUCCAGAGCGUUUCUCAAGCUGCGGGCUUUGCGCAAGAAGGAGCAGAUUCAGAUCGUGAGCAGACUGAAGCUGGCUCAGGAGAUCCUCCGUCUGAGUCUGCUGAUUGCGGUAACAAAUGCUGAAACGUGA